AUGGCUUCACAGGCGUCUGGAAGUAAUUUGAACCGUCCCUCUUUUGCGAAUAUUGUGGCCAUGCCCGCGUUGCCCAAAUCACAAGACCAUCCUGACGAGUCAGAACAUCACAUGAACGCAGAAUUCCAAAACCCGCUGCAAACAGGGUUAGGCUUAGGAGAAUCGCACGAUGUACCUCUCGACGCUUACGUACAAGGCAUUGAGGACGGUGUCGAACGCCUUUCAAUGACUGAAAAACACGGGCUAGAGUUUUCUCAGUCUCCUGACGAAGUCCGUGGUACUGGAAUGCUUCAGAGAGAAGCAUCCUUCGAAGAUGACCAAACACACCUAUCCAACAGUUCCACAAAGCCAACAAGUUUCGACUCGAAGAGUAUGGCAUCAGUCACCACAUUUGCAAUGGAUGAAAAGGAUUCUUUGCGCCCUGAUGAUAGUGCAAGCGUCCAGGCAGCUGAUGAAGAUGAUUCUUUGUCUGGGCCUGCGUCUGGUGCCCCUAAUUCACUUACUGGGUCUGACGCUGGUGUGAGGGCGUAUCGAGAUAACAUCAAAGAUGGUAUCCUUCAGCGACCAAGAGGCGUAUUGCCUAUGCCCAUACAACGAUAUCCUGAUGGUGAUAUUGGAGUCACAGGUGCCAUCCCACCUGAUUCCGUGGCUAAUAACUUCAUUGUUAGCAACCAGGCUGAUUUUGUGCCUGGAAAGUCUCUCAAUGGGUAUGCUUUAGAACCUGAUGAGAAGCUCCUUGAGGCUAUGGGGUCACCCAAAGAUCGCUUGUUCCUGCUGCAGCUUGAGGAGAUGAUUCGUGAAUUUAUUCAAGACUCAAAAGAACAAUCACUUGAAUUACCACCUUCCAAUGCAUUUGGACGUCUUCUUGCACACAAACUUGGAGAUUACUAUCACCUGACCCAUUUUGUGGACAAUAACGUCACAUCAGUACGGUUACACCGGACGCCUUUCUGCAGACUGUCAGUAUACGUUCUCACCACUUCCUCAUCUUUUAUGCUCACCAAUUUUAGUCCGACGCCUUUGUCGCUUCUCCGGCCUGUCGAAUCCCACAACACACCUCCACCUAAUGCACCGGCUAUGAAGAUUAUGCGCCGUAACGAUGACCGAAAUGUAGGAGAGAAUGGUACAACUAACUCUUCAGGCCCCUCGAAACCCGUUUCGGAAGCUGAUGGAGAGGGUGGCAACGAUGAAGACCGCGGAGGAUCAUCUGCAGGAGCCACACCAGCGAAAGAUCGGUCGGCGAUGACCCGGGAAGAGCGUGAGGCCAAAUAUCAAGAAGCAAGAGAAAGAAUCUUCCGGGAUUUCCCAGAGUCUAAGUCGGUGGACUCAUCUGCUGGGGACAAUAGCGCGAACAUCUCUCGUUCAAGUUCUACCAGCGGCCGCAAGAAGAAUUUCAGGCAGAAAACCCCCCACGACGACUCUUUUGAAGCAAGAUCUCAGUUCAAUGCGUAUUAUCCUGGGAUGUCCUAUGCAAAUAACACAGCACCAGCGCCGAUGAAUAACGGAGCGACUUACGGCCAAAACCAUUACACGGGUGGKCCGAAUGUAUCCUCGCCCACUAUGAACUACCCACAAGGCACAUCUGCUGGGAACGUCUACCAGAACAACGUGUCUCAAUAUCAAAUGAACACGAUGCCUAUGGGUCAGGCCCAUACAUGGCAAGGCCCUGCUGUACCUCAGCAGUCACCUUACCAAGGGUACGCUGCUCUCAACCAGCCACAGACGAUGAUGGGCCAGCAAACCCAAUCAGGCCCAAUGGCAGCCAUGAACAACUAUCCUGUCCCUAAUCCAGCAGCAGCAUACCCCCCUAACACAUCAACACCUUGGACAGGUCAGCAGUAUCAAAACAAUUAUCCUCAAGCUGUUCAACGUAAUGCGCAUUGGCCUAAUUACCCCUCACACCCUAUGGCUACCAAUACCAAUCCAUAUUCUUACGGCCAACAGAUGCCUAACCAGCAAUACCCGACGCCUCAAGGUCACAACUCUCAUCAAAUGAUGGGCAAUUUCAACCGGACCAUGUUCAACCCGCAAACUCGGUCUUUUGUGCCAACCGGAAACCCGACAACAGGUCGAUACGCCGCCAAAGGAGUGAACCAUACAGGUGGAGUAGCAUACAACAACCCCCAGUCGAAUGUGCAGCGGCAGAAAUGGUCGGGUCAGGGAGACCCUAGCGGUCAAUCGAUGGCAUAUGGAUCGCCGUAUCCGAACAACAGCCGUUCCAAUAGCAAUGCCACCAGUCCGACAAUGCCUCGUGUUACACAGCCCAUACCCAACGAUUCGAUUGCUAAAUGGGGGACUCCGGCUCAUCUUCCGCCCAAGCCGCCCCCAUCCGAGGUUCCCUCACGCAACCUUGCCGCACCGACAACGCCUUUUCCAAACAAUGGUGCCUCCCAACAUAAUCAAUCAGGAGGACCACUGAUCAUUUCCGGGGGGUCUUCCAACAUGCCAAAGUCUGGUGCGGAUUAG